AUGCGGCUGGAGCGGCUGCGGCUCCGGGUGCUGGCCGGGCCUGGGGUGCACCCCAUGCAGCUCGGCCCCCACGUGUCCGCCAGCGCCACGGCCUGUGCGGAGACCGAGCGGCGGCCGCCCAGCUUCAGGCCUGUCCCGCCGGGCGGGGGCCGGGCCGGGGCGGCGCAGGCCUGGGGAGGCGCCGCGGGAGGCGGCUGUGGCGCCCGGGGUGCGGGGGAGACGGGGGGCGGGGGCGAGACGGGAGGGGGCUCCUGUGGCCGCCCCGGGGGACCCCGGCGGAGGCGCCUCGAGACGCUGAAAUCCCGGAAGCGCAGCCAUGACGUCACACAAGCGCCCGCCCCCCCGCCCCGCUGGCCCGGGCGGGGGACCCCAGCGGGCGCGGGGCGCAGCGGCGGGGCCCGGCCCUGGAAGUCCCGGCGCGCGGAGCGGGCGACGACACGCAGCUCCGGCUCCGCCCCCAGGGCGUGGCCGCCACCGCCGGCCAAUGGGCGCGCGCGCACGCCGAGCCCCGGGGCGGGGCCGGGCGCCGCCGGCCAAUCGGGGGCCGCGCGAGCCGCAGCCAAUGAGAGCCCCGCGCGCCGCGGCAGGACGUGGGCCGAGCUGCUGGCUGGCCGGGCCAAGAGGCAGAAGCCGCGCGCGGAGAGGGGACAGAAGCUGGCGGCCGCGGGGGUGCAGCUGCUGACCCACCACCUGGACCUGCACAGCCUCCUGCUCGAGGUGGGCCCUGCAGUGGUAGGGGACGCCCGGCGGAGACCCUCCAGCAGCGCCUCUCUCCGGGCGAAGGGAAGCAGAAAGGGAUCCGGAGGGAGCAGCGUGGGCAGCUGCGCUCUCCGGGCGCCCGCAGGCAGGGCCAGGUCGAGGGCUCCGCUCUUGCGUUUCCAGGUGGAGCUGCCCCGUGGGGAGUCCGGCCUCAGCCAGCUGGCCGGCAGCCCUGAGACCACCGCUGACCUCUCCGCCUCACUCCUAGGCUCUGCUCUACGGGAUCGGGCCUGCCGGCUGGGUCUUGCAGUACCGGACCUGGCCAGCCAUGUAGUCGCCGCCAGCGUGGCCCAGCUCUGCGUGGAGGGGGCUGAGCCACCCCCCGGGGUGCUGCUCAGCCCUGGGAGCAGGGUAAGGGGCGCUCCCGUAGAAGUGGGGUGCCCAGAGCGCGGGCUGUCCUGUCGGUGCAGACGUCGGCUGGCGUCUCGAUGGGCUCUGUCCUUCAGGAGCGGCUGGCAUCCCUGCUGGCGGCGGCGCAGGACCUGCUGGCACGCGGCUCCCUCUCCCGGCCCGCUCUCUGCCGGGCGCUGUGGCGGGCGUUCUCAGACAGCUGAGAGCCCACACUGCGGGCACCUGGAGGAGCCCCAGUCGGGGGGGCCCCAGGCCAGCUGGACGCACAGAGCGGGAGGGAAGAGGGAACGGCAGAGGGGACUGAGGAGCUGGUGGCCAGGAGAGACCCCUGGCUCGGCACGUCACUCCGGAGCCCGGGAGCACAGGCUGCGGCAGGAGGGGCUCACGGUGCGGUGCCGUCUUCAGGACUCCCUGCUGCUCGAAGCCCUGUGGUGUCUCCACGCGCAGGAUGUCGUGGGCCUCCCGGAGCUGCUGGAGAGCCACCCCGCUGCGCCUGCCGCUGUGGCCUGGCUCCUGGAGCGCCUCCUCCGCCUGUGUGCGCAGGCGGCCACAUGCUGUCAGCCCGCCGCAGCCGGCGCCCUGCUUUCCGAUGUCGUGCGCGUGCUGGUUUCAAGCGGAUUUCAGGACUCGGACCCGAGGCGGGAUGUGGAGCCCGAGCGGGCACCCCAGGUGGCCGCGGCUGUGCUGCAGAGGAUGCUGGCCUUCGCCCUUGAAGCACUGGCUGCCAGCCCGGAGGAGUCCGCCCCCUCCUACAGGGUAGUGCGUGGCUGGCUGGGCGUGUUCAGUGAACGCACUCACCAGGACAUCGUGUGGACAGGGUGUCCAAAGAGGUUUUUCAGCCACACUCUGACGCAGGUCCUGACCCACAGGCCUGUGCUCCAAGUGUCCCAUGCGGUCCAGAAGCAGCAAGACUGGACCUUCGCCAGGGCCCACCCCCUGCUCACCGGCCUGUUCCGCGAGCUCGCCGCGAUGCUGAGCGCAGAGGAGCUGGUGGGCCGCCUGCGGGACGUCGUGGCCGCCCAGGAGGUGAACUGGGCGCACGUGCUGUCCUGUGUGUCUGUGCUGCUGACCUGCGUGCCUGAGGCCCGGCCGCUCAUCCAGGACUGGGUGGACCAUUUGCUGGCCAGUGCAUUCCAGAGCUGGGACUGGGACUGCAUGGUCACCGCCUUCCUGGUGGCGCGGCAGGCCGCGCUGGAGGGCCCCUCCGUGGCCCCGUCCUACGCAGACUGGUUCCAGACCACCUUCGGGAGCUCCCGUGGCCACCACGGCGGCAGCAAGAAGGCGCUGGUCUUCCUCUUCAAGUUCCUGGCCGACCUUGUGCCCUACGAGGGCCCCCGGUAUCUGCAGGUGCACAUCCUGCGCCCACCGCUGGUCCCCGACAAGUACCGCGCCCUGCUGACUGACUACGUCUCGCUGGCCAGGACGCGGCUUGCUGACCUCAAGGUUCCCCUGGAAUCCAUGGGGCUGUACGAAGACGCGUCUCCAGCUGGGGAGAUCCCGGAGCCCCACAGCCGCGCACGCCAGGACGUGGAGAAGGCCGUGGCCGUGUUCGCACAGACAGGCAGGGUCCCGGUCACCGUCAUGGAGGCCAGCAUAUUCCGGAGGCCCUACUUCGCGUCCCACUUCCUGCCGGUGCUGCUCUCGCCCCGAGUGCUCCCACCUGCGCCGGACGCCCGUGAGGCCCUCAUCGAGGCCCUGAGGAGAGCAGACAAAAUCCCCCCUUCUCUGUAUUCCGCCUAUCGCCAGGCCUGCACUGCUGCUAAGGACGGGGCGCCGGACGGUGCAGCCACGGGGCCUGGAGCGGGGACAAGGACCGAGGGGCCCCUGGGCCAGCUGGCCGCUGCACUGGACAGACUGAGGGCGACAAUGGCAGAACCCGGGCAGCAGGGAGCCAUGUCUGCCCAGAUGGCCCUGGUCUCCGAAAGGCUCAGCUCCGCCUUGGGCCCCGGCAAAGAGGGCGACAGCACAGAGGUGUCCAGGAUCCAGCUGAGCGUCCUCACCCCGGAGCUGGAGCUGCAGGAGCAGGCGGUGGUGGACCUCCUGCUGACGGCCUUCUGUCAGAGCCUGAUGGUGGCCUCUCGCUUCGCCCCCCCAGACAGGCAGGGCAUCUGGGCCUCCAGCUUCGUGACUACCCUGUGUGGGCGGCUCCUCCCUGCCGUGCUCACCCGGCUCUGCCAGCUGCUCUGGCAUCAGGGCCCGAGCCUGAGCGCCUCGCAGAUACUGGGGCUGGCCGCCCUGGCCGUGCACCUGGGCGCACACAGGCCCGCCCUCCCGGAGGUGUGCCUGGACUGCCCCGCCAGGAGCCUCCCUGUGUGCGAGCUCUUCGUACAGCUCCUGGCCUGCAGGACAGCGGCGUGCUGGCCCUUCUGCCUCAAAUUUUGCACGGCGGCGAUUUCUUACUCCCUGAGCAAGUUCGCCCAGUCCCCCGACGCCCUGCGCGCCUGCUUGUCUCCAGGCCUCAUCAAGAAGUUCCAGUUCCUGGUGCUGCGGCUGCUGCCCGAGGCCCGGGGCCCCCUGGGCCGGGAGGCCUCGCCCGGGCCCGCCUGGCGCUCCUGGCGCGCACCCCGGCCGACUGGCGGCGCGCGGCGCUGGGGCUGUGGGGGCGGGACGCGCUGCGCGAGCUGCUGCGGGAGCCGCGCCUGCAGGCAGCUGACCUACCGGGACUGGCUCCGGAUGGAGGCGGAGGCGCCCGCCGCGGGCGACUGUCUCUCGGCCGCCGCGCGGCGCGACUUCCAGUGCUGGGCGAUCCACGAGCACUUCCUCCCCGCGCCCGCGGCGGCCGGCGGCUGCGACGGAGACCUGGAGGCCGCCUGCGCCGCGCUGCUCGACGCGCUGCUGGACGCGCCGCUGGACGCGCCGCUGGACGCCCCCCCAGGACACGCUGCAUGGACUCACCCACAGGGUGGCGCUGGGCUCCACUCAGGCGGUGGGGAGUGCGGCCCCCACGGGAGGGUGUGGCCUGGCAGGGCCAGGGCGGCCACGGAGGGGCAGGAGACGCUCAGGUGCGCAGGAGAACUCGGGCAUCCUUGCUGCAUCCACUUCAGUGCAGGGAACCACGUCUGCGAGGAUGGGUGGGCCUCGGCCCCCGGCGGCUGCAGUGGGAACCAGGAGCUGCUCUCCAGGCUGCAGGAGAUGGCUGCAGACCUGGCCCCGGGCCGCACUCCCUCUGGGGGGCACUUCCUCCUCCCAGCGCUCCGCAGAAGGCUCCAGGCCACAGAGCCUCCCCCGGGCCGGUGGGAGGCGGCCGCCCACCUGGGGAGACAGCAGGAGCUGCUUACCUACAAGAGGAUCCUGCUGGCCCUGCCCCCCGCCCUCCUCCUCAGCAGCCCCGGGCCUGGAUGGCCGGCGGCUCCCAACUGUGCUGACUUCUUCCACUUGGUCAACUCUGAGCUGAGGAACUUCUGCUCCCAUGGAGUGGCCCUGACCUACGACCUCACCGUCCACUUCUUCCGGGGCCUCCUCCAUGCCUGCGCCCAGAGCGGAGACCCUGCCCUGACCGCCGACCUGACCCUGAGGGCAUGCCAGACUGAGUGCCCGCUGCUGCUGACCUCUGCUGUGGCAUGGUGGCCGCGGCUGGAGCCUGAGCUGCGCUGUCGGUGGGCACGGUGCGCAUCAGGCCCGCUGCCUCCGGAGCUGCAGCGGCUGCGGGAGGCCCAGCUUUUUGGCAGGAGCGCCCUCCUCUCAGACACAACGCCCGCCCCCGCCGGCCCUGCCUGGGUGUCCGCGGCGGCACUGCACCUGUCCAUCCAGCGAGCCGGGCCCGGGAGCACGCUGCCUCAGCUGGACGCCCUGGGAGAGGAGCUGCUGCUCUUCCUGUUCUUCUUCUGCGUGACCAGCCUGCUGGCCUCGCGCCUCGACCCGCAAGCUACACUCAGUGCCCAGCAGGCCCUGGGCGUUUGCGCCGAGACCCUAAGGUGUGUGCAGAAGCGGCGGCUCCCCUGGCUGGGGCUCUUCCGGGUGACAGAGAUGGACAGCAGCAACCUGGCCUGGGUCCUGCCACGACUGGCCCCAGACCAGCUCCUCCGGCUGCUGCCUCUCGCCUUCUACAGCCUGCUCCCCUACUUCGACCAAGACUCCCUCGAGGGUGAAGACACCUUCCUGCCCGUGGCAGUGGACAUGUACCUGAAGCUGACCUGCCUGUUUGUGUCCGGGGAGACCGGCGCGGCACCCGCUGCGGAUGGUGGGAGGCAGGAUCUCCAGGACGAGGACAGCCCCGUGGGCCUGCUGAUGCAAGCGCGGCUCUUUCUGCUGCAGAUGGCACCCAGGUGCCCGAGAUGGAGCCGCACACAGGCGGCAGAGCUGCUGGCCACCUGCGGACACUGCGACCCCGAGCUGAGCGCCGCCCUCCCGAGCCGGCAGCAGGCCACCCCGCCCCGGAGCCCAACUGUCUGA